AUGCAAUCGUAUGAGUACCAUGGUGUUAUAUUACGCUGUUACACAAUGCACAUGCUCAUUGUAGGAUCUUUUUUUAUCUCAGUGACAGAAAUUAUGUACCCCCAAACAAAACCUGUAAUUUUCUUUAGGCAUAUUGAUAAUGACAUAAGCAGUGACAACCGACUUGCUGCCAAUGUAUCAUCAUCAGUAAAAUCUAUAGACCACGAUCGUGUACGUCGAAUUCUUGCACCAAUUACGUAUGAACAACUGUAUCCAGAUGAGCAACAACCCCCAAAUGAAGCAGAUUCUUUAAACGACAAUCUCGCAGAUACGGGCAUUCCUGCUACUUCUCCUCCUACUCGUGCUCGUCCUACUCGUCCCCCUCCUGUUCGUCCUGCUGCUACUCGUCCUACUCGUCCCACUCCUGCUCGUCCUGCUGCUACUCGUCCUACUCCUGCGCCUGCUACUGAUGCUGCUGCAGAUGAAAUAAUUGUUGAUAUCGAAGAAUUUAAUAAUAUGAGCAACCGCUUGCAUCGUACCAACAGAAUGAACGAUUACAUUAAUUUACAAUUGUGUGGUGUUCAUACAAAUGCAGAGGGUAAUCCCCAGAACACAGGACCAAAUUCAGGUUUCACUGUUGACAUUGACAUGAUUGGCGUAUGGACGGAUUAUAUUCCCACUGUUAUUGGUGCUCCCAUCAGUUUGAACUUGGACCCUUACAACACAUUCACAUCCAAGGUAUCUCCCUUCUUUCAUGGUACUCCUCUCAAUAAGAUCCAAAACAUUAGUAUUGCUAGAUUUGGUCAUUCUUCCAGAUUUAACUUGUCCGUGUUCUUUCCGAUAAUGAGAGAUCCUCGUGAUAUCAGAAACCAACAAAACUUAAGGGUGGAUCAAGCAACAAAAGAAAAUUUUGUUAACAAUGUCCUAUUCCCUGCUCUUCGACAAGGUACGGAUACUCCUCACUUGUUUCCCGUCAAUGCAAGAGACGAAAUGUAUAGAAAGCGUACUGCCCAAGGCACAUUCGCCUAUUCUGGUGUGUUCAUUCCAGAGGCAUUUCUAGUAGGGAUCGUUGAUAUCAUGAGAGAAAUCAUCCAUGAGGAAAAUAUGCAGCAGUUCCGAGGAUUCUUCGUCUUUUCCCAUGGUUAUGGUUUCAAGCAAGGUAUCGAAUAUCGCGGCUCAGAAGGAGAGGAUGUUGGUGCCAUUGUCCGAGAAAAUAUAACAGACAUUGAUUGGCAAACCAUCCCAAAUGAUAAUGUCGUAUUCGAUCUCGCAGUGAAUAUAGGCUUUGAUGGGUACACCGGAUUAUGGGUCGCAGACCAUGAGAUGGAAGACGGUGUUUUGCUGGCAACAACCAGAUUAAUGUGGAGCUUAUUCGAUCAUGUUGUCCAUCCAGCACAUGCAAGAUAUAGACACGAUAUCUUUAGCUUCAUAAAGUCCGUCGGUGGUUGUAGAUACGUAGCGUUGGAUCAAGUCCAUGGAGAAGGACAGUAUAACAUCUUGUCCAUGCAAGCAUAUCAUGCUAUCAAAACGCCUUUUUAUUCAGCUCAUCGUGGUAGUGAUCGUCUCACGCAUGACUGUCCCAUCGAGGCUCUUGCCUUGACAUCCGGUACAGGCACCUACAACAUUAACGGUACAAGAAAUAUCUUUCAAGAUAUUCGUCAGUUCACGUAUCCUGCCAGAUUUGAAGUUUCUCUCCAUUUACGUCACGCACAGGAUUUCUAUGAUGCCAUUCCUCGUCUCGUCCAAGGGGUGCCGGUGCUGGUAUUCUAUCCAACAGAGGUCAUUUGCGACUUUGAGAUUCACACGUUGUUCGCUAUCGAGGCCAUGCUUGCUGUAAUAAACGAGCUCCAUGUAAAUAUCCGAUUAGAAAAUCCCAGUAUUCUUACUACCAAUAUGAACUCACAUUAUUUAUUGACUCCAGAUCUUUUUUUCUUUAACGAAGAACUUCAAUCAUGGGAUUGUAUGGAAGUGUAUGAGGCGAACAUGACCAUGUUUACGCCUGAAGGAAGAAAGGCUUUGGAGACUAAAAGAUUACCAAUACACGUACUGCUCCUACAGCUUCAGAACGUACUCAACGAAUUCGAAAUGAAUGACACUUGUCUGUUCGAUCUGGGGACAUUAGACGAAGACGACCAAUCAAUGUACACUUCUUUAAAUCCUACUACCUUUACUUUGGUAAACAUGAUUGUCACCGAAGGCCUUACGGAGUUGGUAGCUGUCUCUCUUGUGAAUUGCUUUUCUCAAGACUUGUUCAACUUGAUUAGCAACACAAACGCAUUCAGACCGGACGUACUCGAUAACAAUGUAUUUACUUUAGCGAAUUUGAAUAACAGACACUUGUUAAAUGAGGUUUUUGCAAUGCCAGUCUAUGUCAAGCAGAAUAGAAGUGUAGCAACAAUGAAUAAUACUUUUGAUCAAGUACUUCCAAAUGUGGCUUCCAGUAACCUGAAUCAUAUUGUGGAAAUUAUUCGAAACAAUUCCAGAAUAGCGGUUAUUGUGUAUUCAAGAACCGCCUACAUUAUUAUCCUGUUUUUUCUGGUUAAACAAAAUUGUCGUGCUGAAGCUGAAGUCUUCCAUCAAUUGCUUUGUGACACCAUGUUUGACUAUGUUGUUGCAGCUUAUCUAAAUUGA